AUGAUUGAUGAGGCUGCUACUGAGGAAAAAUCUUGGAUAGGAUUUGUUUUGCAUGCCGGUCGAGUGGAUAUUACGGACCAGAGUCCACUCUGUGGGUACGGGAUAGUACGUGCAUCGCAUAAACACUGGUUGCCUUAUUCUACACAAAUUAUAAAAGGUGGGACUAAUGAUGAUGGAUCACGUAAAUGUGGGAAUGAUAUGAAGAUUCUACCAGAUUCUCAGAAAAAGAUCCACUCUUCUAGAAUAGCCGUGGUUGAUCACAAGAUAGCCUUUUUGGUACCACAGCGAGCCGUGUUUGAAAGUCUGGCCUAUCUCACGUUAUUGUCGCCUGCGUCUUAG